AGUCAGUUUGGCUCAAGCAAUUUUGGCUGAAGCCCUGUUUCCCCACGCCGUUAAGCCAGUAUCAACCAUCAGCCCUUCGUACGUAAGGAAUAGUACAGUCCAGCAUCGGCAAUGAUAUCAAAGAGGUCAAAUCCGAUUGUGUACUCAAUUUUUUUAAGUUUGUGCGAUAUAGGAGUUUUGAGCUUGCACUUGAAGGCGAAUGGGACAACGCCAUGCGAUUUGACGAAAGGGAGAUGGCAGAUGUCAGCGAAGCCGCCAUUGUAUGACAUAUCUCAUGUCGACGGAGAAUUCAAAUGCCCCCGCAGCAAAUCAGAUGACAUUACUAAAUACGCAUGGGUUCCAGAUGACUGUGAGUUACCACUUUUCAACGCAAGCAAAAUGCAGCACAUCUUUUCUCGGCGUCCCAUAUUCAUGGUCGGGGAUUCGCUAGUUCGCAACACCUACGAAUCAUUGCGCAUGUUAAUGCCAACGGUUGAUAACAUACAUUUUGACUUUGACCGGUAUCUUGGACAUAGGUGUGGUGCACCUAAUGAGCCGGCAGCAAAAGAGCAAUUUCCCAUUGAGCGCGAUCACGAUAGUUUGGGACUGAGUGGUUGCGCUGUGGAUCUUGACGAAAUUUCUACCAUGGGCAAGUUUGGCAAGUUAUUGAACAGCUCUAUCCUGAUGCUCGGUGGUGGACACCAUUUUGCGCGUCGUGGCAACACAUAUCACUAUAGAGACAGGACUCUCGAAGACACGGGUGGACGUAUCAAUAUUGAGGCAUUCACCAUUGCUAUUGAACUUGUGUUUCGCACAUUAGAGAAGAUGGCAUUCACAGGAGACGUCAUUUUACAAACCUAUAGCCCAGGGCAUUUCUUUCAUGGCGAUUGGGAUUCGCAUGGCAGUUGUAACGGACAGACGGGGCCAGUGAAUAACAUUAGUGAGUACGCCGAUUUAGGAUCUGCGUCUUUCUCGGACAUCGAAGCAGUAAACUCGAUGUUGCGUUCCACUGCCAAGAAUCCAGACUGGAAGUUCGGUGUUCGUAUUUUCGAUAUCACCGCCAUGAGCUGGGGACGAGCAGAUGCUCAUCCUGGUGAAGUCUCCAAUGAUUUACCCGGCAAGAUCACCAAAAAUGAUUGCCAGCAUUGGUGCUUGCCAGGAGUUCCAGACGUUUGGAACCAGGCCUUGCUACACAUACUGAGCGAUCUGUUCGCGUGAGGAUCUUGCCAGAUAGUAGCAGAGCGUGGGCCCCAACAGCCGGUUCAUUCAGAUUUCCUUCGCAGCGCAGAAACUCUUGGCGAGGAUUGGCCCGUCAUUGCAAAUUCAACGCAGACCACAAAAGGGAGGAUACUGUUUCCUGGGGCAAACACACUAGUCGCUCACAUCGGUUAUCGAGCGCGUGUGCGCAUCAGAGUUGUAUGAAUACGAUUGGAGUUGCUUCGGUUACCAGACGCCGGACGUGUCCGAGGCAUGAGGUUGCAAACGAGUGUGUUCAAGUGUCGCCAUCGUCAAUCACCAUCAUCGUAAUUUUGUGUUCAUGCACGUGUUUGGCGCGCCGACCUGUAUUUAGGGCGUGGUUGGCGUCUCCACCUUGCUUGCGUUUGCCUGGUCGACGCGCGUUUGGCGCGUCGCCUGGUGACUGGCGCGCGUUUGGCGCGUCGCCUGCCGCGCCGUUCGGGAGGAAACAUUGUGGCGUGGAGAUUAAAGGGGGCGCGCAUGGGGGUGGUCCUUGAGGGCGGCCUCUAUCCAUGACGGUUGUGCUCACGGCACAUUUGUACACAAGUUUGCUACCCGUGCCGGUCGUGCUCAGGGCACAGGGGGACGCAAGCGAGGUGAAUGGGAUCACCACCCAGAUUUUCAGCCACCUUGGCUCGUGCCAGCUCAGACCGCUCGGGUUUGCACGCAGGCGUGCUCGCGACGGUGAUUGUCCGUCAAAGGUGCGGCGCCCGUCACGGCGCCCAAAUGUGCCAUGUCCGCGCCUCCGCGAGCGCCCAACGGUCACCAACAUCAUUUUCACAUGCUUCACUUCAGCUAUCAUCACUCCAGCCAUAAAGAUAAAUAUUCACAAUUGCGGUACCCACAACUGCACAUGGUUGAACAGCUCAAGACGGCUUUCAGAUCGCUCCAGGAAGGCCCAAGACAGUGUGUGGG